AUGCCAAAACCACCAGGGGUUCCCUUUCCACAAGCGAGCGUCUCGACUAUAUCGAUGCAAUCCAUUGCAUGCGCGAAAGACCGCCUAUUUUGCCCACAGAGCAAUAUCCAGGUGUUCGGCAUCGAAUGGAUGACUUUGCUGCGUAAGGAUUGCGCUCCUUUCCAUAAAGCUGCGUUUCUUCAGACGAAUCGGGCUGAUCUUGGAUUGCGAUACUGGAACUGGGCUCUCUCGGCAAACAACCUAUCCGCAAGUCCUCUUUUUGACGGAAGUCCCACGUCUUUCUCCGGCAACGGCGACCCCAUCGAUGCCGACCCUGUGAUACCGCUGACACCCAGUAACGUGUCAAUUCCUCGAGGAACUGGCGGCGGGUGCGUCACCAAUGGCCCGUUCGCGAACAUGAUCCUCAACUUGCCCGAUCUAGACUCGGCGCCAAAUGACGUUUUCCCGCCAAAUGGCUUCCAUUACUCUCCGCACUGCCUCACUCGGGACCUCAACACAUUCAUCGCGCGAGCGUUCACCGGUCAGGCAGAUGUCGACCGCCUGCUGGCUUCCCCGGACAUUGCCACGCUGCAGCACAACAUCGAUGUAAGUAGUUGGCCCGCAAUCCGUGAAGCAGGCAUCAUGGGGCCACAUGCGGCGGCGCACAUGCAGCUAGGGCGUUCGAUGGAUGAUUUCUGGACGGCGCCGCAGGAGCCUACGUUUAUGUUGCACCAUGCAAUGGUGGACCGCAUUUGGGCGUUGUGGCAGGCACAGGAUCCGGAGAAUCGACGGUGGGCGCUGAACGGGACCAGUACAAUCAUGAACGCGCCAUCGACGCCGGAAGUAGACCUAGAUACUCAGUUAACAUGGGGUUGGCUGAGUGAAAAUAAAACACUUCGCGAGAUAAUGAGCACCAAAGCGUAUGAAUAUAACUAUGAGUAUGGGGAUUAA